UAAUUUGUUUUUUAUUGUUUUUAAGUGUUUAUUAUUCUCCUAAACUGUGUUCCGUAAUGGUAUGCUCCGUAUUACACUGCGCACGAGGGCGCUCGUGUUAGUGACUUACGAGCCCCACUGACGUAGCGGCAUAGCUAAAAGUUCCUCAAUACAAACAAUGUUGACCUCAAUGAACGUUUAGACAAUAGAGUUACUCGUAAUGUGAUUGAAUAAAUACGUUCGUAUAGUGCAAUGAUGUAAGUGAUAAAGAUUGAUAGUGAUGUUGGGGAAGACCGACAUAUAGUAGUGCAGUGGACUGUUUGUGGGCAAGAUGACGAUGAAAUCGCUUAAGUACUGCGAGCGGGAGGACAUGAUGGACGGCUUCAGUCCUGUGCCGCCGCCGCUGCCUCGACGCCAACCCGUCAGGAACAUCUAUGCGGAACCCUUCGUAGACCCUAGGUACACGUCAUCGGGCGUGACUAACGAAUGGCUCGCCCUUCAGACCCUAAAUUCAGAGUCGAUGGGCGGCACGGGCAUGUCGAGCGGCAUGGGCGGCGGCACGCUGGGCCACUGCCAGCUUGCCAACCAGCCGCUGGUGAUGCCAGUGUUCCCGCUGCGUGCCAGCCAGCCCAGCCCCGUGCCAGUCUACUCCCCCUCCCGCUUUCACAUCGACAAACGGUGCCAGCACCGGUGUACGUGGAAGUGCUUGGCCAUAGCUAUGAUAUGCCUCUGCGUCAUCCUAGCGGCCAUGCUCGCCUAUUUUAUAGCUUUAUCGUCAAUUAAAAGUAAUAUAGACAAUUCAAAUUGUAUUCUGGUACAAGAUGUAAAAGCAGUCACUCAUUCACACGGAAUAAGAGAUGCUCUAUCAACAUCGUCACCAUCAGAUGAAUCUAUAUCAACAUCUUCAUUAGGAUGGUCUACGACUGCGGAAGCGGCAAUAGAGUCAGCAGUAAUACCUCAACAAGCACAACAAGCAGCGCCACCACCUUGGUCUCCAGCUCUAGAAGUUAGAGACUUUGAUGAACUUCACAGUGCCACAAUAUCGGCUUAUCAAUUCUGGAGUUCCGAGUUUCGGAACAAACAACCUGCUUUCGUUAGUCUUAAUUUCACCGUACCCUGGGGUGCCAACUUCGCCGUUUACGGGAGAAGAAACGUAGCGCCGAGUGUUACUCAAUAUGAUUUCGUUGAAUUUAUUCGAGGUGGUAGAGUUGAUCACCGACUUCGGAGAAGAAGAAGUCCGCACAGACACGAUGCCUAUGAUCCCACUUUGGAUGACUGGAACGCAUUAUUGAGCACGCUUAGUCCAUAUCAAAGAUGGAACCACACGAUAAGCAAGCGAUCUACAGAUAUGAGGGUAAAUGUCAGUAUACUACAAUACCUUGACACGGGAAGAUGGUUUAUAUCGAUAUAUAACGACGAACUUCAGCCGCAUCACGUUGAAAUGAUUGUAUCUGAGGCAGAAGGAGUCACAAACUCUUGUCCUGAUGAUUGUUCUGGGCACGGAUCUUGUUAUCUCGGAAAAUGUGACUGUAUGGAUGGAUUUGAAGGACAUGAUUGUUCAAAAAGCGUAUGCCCAGUUCUUUGCUCAGCCCACGGCGCUUACGCAGGUGGUAUAUGUCACUGUUCAGAAGGUUGGAAAGGAGCUGAAUGUGAUAUACCAGCUCACGAUUGUGAACCUGCUGAUUGCUCUGGUCGAGGACAAUGUGUAGCCGGGCUCUGUCAUUGCAAGCCUGGUUGGAAGGGAGCAAAAUGCGAUGAAGAGGACUGCCUAGACCCUACAUGUGGCAACCACGGUUCUUGCGUCCGCGGUCGUUGCGUAUGUCGCGCUGGUUGGCGAGGUGCUGCGUGUACGGAACGCGACGCACGAGUACAACGGUGCUUGCCAGCUUGUUCCCAACGAGGUGUCUAUGACUUGGAUGCUGGAAGAUGUGUGUGUGACCCACUGUACACUGGCGACGAUUGCUCACAAGUUGUGUGUUCAUUGGAUUGCGGACCUCACGGGGUCUGUGCGGAAGGGGUCUGUCGCUGCGACGACGGCUGGACGGGGUCACUGUGCGACCAACGACCCUGUGACAGUCGUUGUCACGAACACGGCCAAUGCAAAAAUGGAACGUGUGUUUGCACGCAAGGGUGGAAUGGCAGGCAUUGCACAUUACCUGGUUGUCCGAAUGGGUGCAGUCGUCAUGGUCAAUGUCUACUUGAAGACGGCGUGUAUCGAUGCUCGUGUUCCGACGGCUGGGCGGGCACUGACUGUUCCAUCGCCUUGGAACUGUCGUGCAGUGACAACGAAGAUAACGACGAAGAUGGCAUGACGGACUGCUCCGACUCUGAGUGCUGCAGCCGGCCUGAGUGCACCGAACACAUAAUGUGUUUGGCCUCUAACGACCCCGUCGAAGUACUGCUUCGGAAGCAACCGCCGUCAGUGACUGCGUCCUUCUACCAACGCGUCAAAUUCCUCAUCGAAGAAAACUCAGUCCAAAGCUACGCCCACAUGGACGAAUACUCUGAAGGCCGAGUGUCGGUGAUGCGAGGGCAGGUAGUGUCGCCGCAAGGACUCGGCAUCAUCGGGAUCAGGGUCUCCGUCGACCGGGAGGCGAGGUUCGGGUUCACGCUCACAAGACAAGGAGGAUGGUUCGACGUUCUUGUAAACGGAGGCGGUGCUGUCACCCUGCAGUUCCAGAGAUCUCCCUUCAAGCCUCUGCGGAAGACGGUCUUUGUUCCUUGGAAUCAAAUUGUAGUUCUGCCACCCGUACAAAUGGAGCUAAGCGACGACAGUAUAAAAGUGCCCACGCCAAGGUCACCACCCCGUCUUGAUUGGUCGCCGAUGCCGCAAUGGUGGGAGGCUGAAACGCCACCUUGCAGCGCACACGACCAUGAACGCCUCAGGCCUGAAGUUGUUGCUAUGCCUGCGUUGGCUGCACCGGCGGUUUCGUCUCCUACCACAACCACCGUGAUAUAUCCGGAGGCUCAGAUCGUCAGCGAAUCUAUCGGGAUACCGGGUUCUUCGGUCAAGCUCACCUAUCGCUCGUCACAAGCAGCUGGCUACCUGUCAUGUGUCCACAUCCAGCUUACAAGACGAAUAGUUCCGGCUUCUCUAAGUCGAGUUCACGUACGCGUAGAAAUCGAAGGCUCUCUUCAUACGCAGACCUACGAAGCCGACCCAGAUUUGACCCAUGUUUUCGCUUGGAAUAAAAGAAAUGUUUACAAACAAAAGGUUUACGGUCAAGCACAAGCUAAAAUAUCUAUUGGUUACGAAUACACUGCAUGUUCGGCAAUUGUAUGGGAAACACAAACGGCAACUCUCGCUGGGUUCGAUGUUGAUAUUUCUGACAUUGGCGGGUGGGGCUUGGACAUACAUCACCAUUACAAUUUCCAUGAAGGCAUAUUGCAAAAAGGAGACGGUGCUUUGUUACACCUAAAACAAUAUCCAAGAACAGUACAGGUGGUAUUAGGUACAGGACUUCAGAGAUCCCUAAACUGUCCCGACCACUGCAAUGGCAAGGCAGCGGAUUCAAGGCUUUUGACACCCACUGCACUUACUUCUGGGCCUGAUGGAUCUCUCUAUGUUGGGGACUUUAAUUUCGUUCGUCGUAUAACUCCUGAAGGCGUGGUGACUACUGUACUGCAAUUAGAAACAACACAAGUCGCAUAUCAAUACUACAUCUGUAUAUCACCGGCUGAUGGAUAUUUAUACAUAUCAGAUUCAGAAAGACAUCAAGUUAGACGAGUGGUAGUAUUAGACAAGGUUCGUGAUCCAGCAGUCAAUUCAGAACCAGUAGUGGGUAAUGGUGAUCGUUGUGUACCUGGAGAUGAUUCCAACUGCGGAGAUGAAGGACCUGCCAUUAAAGCAAAGCUGGCCCACCCGAAAGGUCUUGCCAUAGCUGCAGACAGAACGAUGUACAUCGCAGAUGGAACUAAUAUCCGUGCUGUUGAUCCCAGUGGCAUUAUCCAUACACUUGUAGGUCAUCACGGACAUCAUAAUCAUUGGUCUCCGGUCCCUUGCCGAGGCGCCAUUGCUCCAUACGAAGCACAACUACAAUGGCCUACUGGAGUUGCCUUAUCUCCACUAGAUGGAUCAUUAUAUUUCAUAGAUGACAGGAUCAUACUUAAAUUAACAGUUGAUAUGAAAAUUAAAGUUGUUGCUGGUCAACCAUCUCAUUGUCGACUUGGAAAUGAUGGUAAACCAAUCACUAAAGCCACAAAUAGAACUAAUGCCGAUUUCCGGGAAGACUCUAGUUUAGGCACCAUUUUGGCGAUAGCAUUCGCACCCAGUGGAAUACUAUACGUAGCUGAAUCUGAUUCAAAGAAGACAAAUACAAUAAAAACAAUUGAUCCCUCUGGAAAAAUUAUGCAUUUUGCCGGGAAAUUGCAAGAAAACUUAAAGGAACUCAGUUGUGAAUGCAAUUCAUCAAUUUCGGCAACGGUAGCGCCCAUUAAUCCUCGUGAUGAAGGAGCCGGAUGUCCUUGCAGACUGAGCGUUGCGGCUGGAGAUGAACCGCCGACUAAUACUGAAACUUUGCUGUCAUCUAAUGCGAAAUUCCAAACAAUUUCAGCAUUAGCCGUGACUCCUGAUGGUGUACUCAAUGUUGUUGAUCAAGGCUCCCUUCAUAUUUUGGCUUUAAAACACUACUUGCCCUCUCACGAUGAAAAUGGGGAAUUUAGAAUACCGUAUCCCCCGACGUCAGAGAUUUACGUCUUUAAUCGAUACGGCCAACAUAUAACAACAAAAGAUUUAACAUCUGGCAAAACUAGAUAUUCAUUUUUGUAUUCCAAAAAUACCAGCUUUGGAAAAUUAUCCACAGUAACCGAUGCGUCUGGAAACAAAAUUCAACUUUUACGAGACUAUAGUAAUAUAGUUAGUUCUAUUGAAAAUACUCAAGAUCAUAAACUGGAGUUAAAAAUAUCCGGAAUUGGUUAUUUAACUAAAUUAACCGAAAAGGGAUCUGUAGGAAUUGAUCUAGAUUAUGACGCAAAUACAGGAUUACUCAAUAGUCGAUCAGGAGCGGGUGACACUGUGAUUUACAAUUACGAUGAACUUGGACGUGUGACAAAAAUAAUAAUGCCGUCAGGAGAACAGGUGCACAUUACAUCUGGCUUGGCUAAAAAUUAUGGACUUGCUGUAACAGUUUCAAACCCAACCAGUACUAUUCCGGUUGGUGUUUCGAAGAAAUGUGAAUAUGUGCUGCAUGGACAGUCGUUUAAGCAGAUUACUAUUAACAAUGGGAAACAAAUAACAGAAGGUCGAAUGUUCACUAAUAACACUUUAGUUAUUGAUACACCCUGGUCAGGAAAGUUUGAAAGUAUUGCAGCUGCAAAACAUCCAUUGCUAGAAGCUGCUUUACCAAUCGAAGCUGAAAUGCUACAUAUGUGGUCACAUCAGACAACAACAUUUGGAGACGGUUUAAUAAACAACAUGUAUUCAUUAUAUACCCUUGUUGGCGAUGUAAGAAAUCCUCAACAAACACUAAAUAGAGAGAUAUGGGUGAACGAUUCGAGAGUAUUAAUUAUUGAAUUUGACCAGUUUAAGAGCAGGGAAACAUUCUUUAAUGCCGAUCGAAUACCUCUUUUUACUACUGCUUAUGAUGUUGCUGGAUUGCCGUUGUCGUUUACACCUCACGGGGCUGGAGUGCCGCUUAAUAUAUCAUACGACAGAUUUUAUAGAGUAAAUGGAUGGAAAUGGGGUGUAACCGAAGAAACUUAUAAUUAUGAUCCACAUGGUAUGCUUUCAGAGAUUACUAGUCCGCAAGACGGUACGAAAUUUAUUUACUAUAAUGAGGGCAACCUCGUCUCGAAAAUUACAUUGGCAAGUCAAAGGAAUUUCAAAUAUUUAUAUGACGCUGAUGGUGGUUUAACUCAUGUCAUACUGCCAUCAGGAACAAACCACUCGUUUAGUGUGCAACCAUCUAUUGGAUUUUUGCGGGUCACUUAUACCCCUCCAGGUUCAACAAAGAAAUAUUUGCAACACUAUUCACAUACUGGUGAACUAUUACAAACAGUAUUCCCAGGUGAUGGAGCUAGAAUUAUUUACAGAUAUUUUACAACUAAUAAAAUAUCAGAAGUAGUUCACGGAGAUGGUCAAACUCAAAUUCACUAUUCUGAAAAUACUGGCUUGCCAUCCGAAAUAUUACAUGUAGACCGUGAAGUUGAUUAUAGAUGGGAAUCUACUUACGCUGAUGGUUUACUUGUAGAAGAAAGACUUGACUAUGGCGCCAAGACCGGAUUGAGCAAUGCAAAAAUAAUAUACGAGUAUGAUAACAAUUACAGAACAACUGCUGUUCAAGGUCGCAUUGGUGGUCAAACGCUUAUUCCACAUCACAUAAUAUAUAAUAGCAAAACAGGAGCACCUGAAGUGUUAGGACAAUUUACUGUAUCCAAACAAAAAUGGAACGAAACAUCUGUAUACGACGGUAUCGCUAUGUUCUCUAGAGUUGUUAAUGACCAGUUCCUUGAAAAAGAAAUUACAGUUAAUAUUCACAGAAUGGAAGUUUUUAGAAUGGAAUUUUCUUAUGACCGCCAUGGAAGAAUUUCUCAAACACGAACACACACCAGAAAUGUGGGAGUAAACACUUACACAAACGUGAAGAAUUACACUUGGGACUGUGACGGCCAACUAACAGGCGUAGAAGCACAAGAGCCGUGGGGCUUCAGAUAUGACGAUAACGGAAAUAUGCUCUCACUAACAUACAGAGGCAAUACAAUUCCUAUGGAAUACAAUGAUAUGGAUCGUAUUAUUAAGUUCGGGGAAGGUCAAUAUCGUUACGACAGCCGAGGAUAUGUUUUCCAGAAUGCUAGAGAAGAAAGAUUCCAAUACAACGCUAAAGGGCUACUAAUUAGAGCAACUAAACGAGGAAGAUUUGAUGUUCGAUACUACUACGAUCACCUAGAUAGGUUAUCUACAAGAAAGGAUAACUUCGGUAAUGUCACCCAAUUCUUUUACACCAACAAGGAUAAAUCUCACGAAGUCAGUCAUAUUUAUUCACCUCGCGAGAACAGAUUUAUGACUCUCGUUUAUGAUGAUAGGGGUCAUCUUAUCUAUACUCAGGUUGCCCGCCAUAAAUAUUACAUUGCUACUGAUCAAUGUGGAACACCAGUCAUGGUCUUCAAUCAAUACGGAGAAGGCAUUCGAGAAAUUAUGAGAUCACCUUACGGCCACAUAGUAUACGAUUCAAAUCCGUAUUUGUACCUACCAGUAGAUUUCUGUGGUGGACUAUUAGAUCAAGUGACGUCACUGUUACAUAUGGAGCAUGGGAAAGUCUAUGAUCCCCUAAUAGGACAGUGGAUGUCUCCUCUUUGGGAAAAUUUAAUCGAAAGAAUCCAUAACCCUACACAACUUCAUUUAUACAGAUUUAAUGGAAACGAUCCCAUCAAUGUACGCCCACAAAAUAAAAAACCAGCAGAUCAUUUAUCUUGGCUGAAACUGCUAGGAUAUGAUACAAAGAGUUUAGCGCCACAACUUUACCCUGACGAACUCCCUGGUGGAUCAAUAUUGCCCAGCAUUCCUCGCGGACGCCCAGUGUGGGGCACUGCGCCUCUCGACAGCGGUCCAGUUCUACCUUAUGCUAUGUCACUACUGCCAAGCGUUAUGAUCGAAUCUGGAUUCUUAUCACAUAUGUCAAACAAAAGAAUUGCCGAUUUCCGAAGCCUCGCUAUACCAGCCAUGUCUGCACUAAAGACUGAUGGCCUUAAUCUUUCACCAAAACGAAUCGGCUCUGAUUCAGAGCCACCUUUUGGACGAGGCAUUCUAAUUUCCCGAAAUUCAAGGGGACGAGCGGUAGUGAGCACUGUUCCGUCAGCCAAUGCCAUUUACCGAGACGUAUACACAUCUGUCUUCAAUAGAUCCCAUUUGCUGCCAUUCUCAUUUGUCGUACACGGGGACCAACAAGAUGUAUUUUACUUCGUGAAAGAAGACAGUUGGCGUGCAGCCGACGACAAACAACAACUGAAACGUAUGCAAGGAAAACUAAACGUCACCUUCCACGAAGUAGCAGAAGGCGGUCGCUCUUACGCCGACGUAAAGAUCCACGGACAAACGAGCAUAAUUAACUUGAGAUACGGCACCAGCGCCGAACGGGAGAGGCAGCGCCUGCUGCACCACGCGCGCGCGUCCGCCGUGCGCAAGGCGUGGCACCGCGAGCGCGAGGCGCUGCGCGUGGGGCUGGGCGGCGCGCUGGACUGGUCGGCGGCGGAGCUGGACGAGAUCCAGAAGGCGGGCUCGGCGGCGGGCUACGACAGCGAGUACGUGCACGACGUGGCGCGCUACCCCGAGCUGGCCGAGGACCCGUACAACGUGCGCUUCGUCAAGAAACGCUCGGACCGCGCCGAGCGGCGGCGGCGGAAGCGCGAGAGCUGCCGCGCGCCCUGGUGGCUCGCCUGGGACGACCUCUGCUAGUGACGUGUCGCCAUCCAUAUGCCAAAUCGUGUGAAUGUUAAUUCGAUGUGUGUGAACGGUGACGGACGAACGUAUAUAUGUGCGUGUGUGAAAAUAUAUUUUGUAAAUAGUCUCUAUUAAUUGUUAAUUGUUGAUGUAUGUAUGUACGUAGAUGCGAAUCCCUAUCGCUGUGUAAAUAUUAAAUUUUAAUUUGCAGGGAGAGAAUGGACCUUUUGAGAGGACUGAUAUAAAAUAAAUGUAUUGUAUGUAUAAAUAAGACGAUCUAUGUGAAUAUGAAAUUAUUUAUACUUAUUUAUCGGUAAAAAGCUUCAAUUGUGUCCAAUGUUCUUAUAAAAUUAGAUGAAGACUAUUUGAAAGAAUAAUAAAAAAGCAUACUUUUUUAACCAAAUCAA